AGCAGGUGGGGGUGGUGGAAAGAAGGCGAACAACUCCUCCAGUAGCAGUAGCAGUUCGUCUUCCUCAAGUGGGGGCGGAAAUCCAUCGAGUUUUUACCCAGAACCACCGGAAAAUGAGGAGGAAGAGGAACCGGAGAUGAAAACAAUAGUGGAAGACGAAACGAAUACGAAAUCUUCUUCCAAAUCUCGGAAAAAAUCGAAAAAACGAAAUAGGAGCUCCUCGAGUCCUGGCCGAAAGAAAAAGCGAACAAGGUCGCGGAGUCCGAAAGCGGCGAAGAGAAAGAAAAACAAAAAGAAGGAGAAAAGCGGCAGUUCUAGUUCGAGUGCUUCAUCCUCCGCUAGUGACGGGAAUGACGAUGCCAAACCUGCUGCAGGGAAAGCAAAACAAGAAGUUCAGAACACGACUUUGACGGCUUCGCAAACACAAUACCCACACUACGCCGAAGGGAGCCACGAGAACCAAGACUUAAAGGCAGCAGAUGUAGUUCGUGCGGCAAUAUUAAAAAAGCAGACGACUUCAUCAUCGUCUUCAUCGAUCCGAGGCGAAGCAGUCGCUGUAGAAGUUGGAACAAAUGACAAAAAAGACGGUGAUCUUGAUUCCAACAGUGUCCACGCCCCGCUUCUUUUCUACCCCGAACAACAUCAAUCUUCCCAACAGCAACUUCCUUCCUCCAGAGGAGUCUCUACCAGACCCAGCGCACUCCGCGCGGCCGUUUCCCUGGCGGAUCCAAGGAAAGGAGAGUUUGACGACAGUAUCCGGACCAUGGCGAGCCAGCCGUUACCCUUCCACGACGAAACGGACUUCGCUUUAGCCGAUAUGGAUCUGUUUAAGCAGGCAAACGACGCGAAGGGGGUACUGAAAAACAACAAGGAUUGGAACACGAUGAACCUCGCAGGAGCUUCGACUAGUAGGAUGAAAAACGUCCGCUUCGAUAACGCUUCGCAACAGAAAAACUUGGAAAAAUCGAUUCAGCAAGUGGUGCUGGAUGAGGCACAGAAAAAGGAGAACGCGACGGAUACGGAGUUGACCAACCUGAUAAGAGCGGUGAUUGACGUGAACGAAGACGCCGUGUACGGGGUGGAUUCUCACGACUUGAAAAGGGACGUUUUACUGAACAUUUCCCAGCAAAACACGAAGAGAAACCCUUUGUUGAAUUUCCUGAAAGACUAUCCACAGGAAAUUUCCCGUACACGACAUACAAAUGCCGUGUCUGCAUGAAAAAGCUUCCCUUCGAUCCUGUUCAGCAUGACACGUUGUCUGUUCUAAGCUUAGUGAAAUUUGUGAUGCAUGUUGUACAUGUGCGGGAAAUUUGUAUUGCAUAAAGACCAGGAAGAGGGAAAAAUCGCGAGGGAAGGUGCAGAGGACCAGGACGGGUCGAAGAAGAAAAAGAAGAAAAAGCGCGAUUUAUGCAUUGCAAAUAUGUCUGGGUCAUCUGGAAAGAGUGGGACUUGUGAUGCUAGCUGUCGAUCACACAAAAAUCUGUCUUGCAUGAGAGGCAACAGGCACUCAGAUUGUUGCCAUUCAAAGAGGGCAUUCCUCAUGCAGAAUAGGCAUGAACAUCAAACCUUUACCUUUGGAAAGCUGUGAUGCUGGAGAAUGCAUCACAGGCAUCGGAGGCCAUGUACAAUUUGCAUGACAAACUCCCCACGUCUUCUCGACCCAGACAUAAUAUUUGCAUUUGAUACGAUUCUGAGUUAGACGACUUCGAGAUCGGGGAACGGCAGGAGGACUUCGAUCUAGCGGACGGCCUACCCGACAACGACAAGGCCACGAAAGGGGGGAAAAAGGACAUGUACGGAAUGGGCGACAAAACGUACCGAACACAAAGAGAAUACGAACACGGACAGCUGUAUCAAAUGCACAUACGUCUGGGUCUGGAUGAUUGCAAGAUUUGUCAUGCUAGUCUAACAUGACUAUGCACUCUGUAUUGCGUUGCCACCAAGACGUGCGCGUGCCUGCCAUGCAAACGCGCAGUUUCUCAUGCGAAAUACGCAGCACAGAAUCACGAAAAGACCUGUCAUGCUUGGCGGUGCAUUACAGAUGAGCACUUACUGUUCACGGACUUGCAUCACAAGUUUCCAGACCCAGACAUAUUUGCAAUGGAUAAGCUGCUGCGGAAGAUCCAAAACCGGUCGAGGAUUCCACUAUUAUCCUGUGCAAAAGUAUCGUACUCGUAGUAAUUGCAGUCAUGCAUUACAAAUUUUUUUCCGAAGGUAAAUCAGCAUUACAAAUUUUAUCUUUCAUGCUGAGGGAAUUUGUAAUGCAUUUUAUACGAGUGCGAUACUUUUGCAUUGCAUAACUAUCUUCCAUCCACGAAAUGAUGCUCAACGUGAGGAAGUCGGUGCUGAAGUCCAGCUUGUUGCAGCCGUUUGUCGGAAAUUUACGGUUUCUCUUCCCCUACAGCAAGUUCGUGAAAUCCUCCGAUCACAUGCCAUUGUUGAAGCAGCUCUGUAACGAAGCGGAGCGGACUGGGAUCAAGUACUACAAUAUCCCACGAAAAAACUGUUUCACUGUGAUGGUUUUGCAAGAUCCACAUCACAAGUUUGCUACACAUGACACAAAAAAUUUGCCAUGCGCGUUUCCCAAGGGAAAACACGCUUAAAAAUCCAUUGGGUUGCAGGUGUAGCAAGACAAACACUUUGGUGUUUCGUUUUCUGCAUGACAAGUUCACAGUGAAACAGUUUUUUCUUGCGAUAUACAAGCAGUUUUCCGAGAUGCUCUUCGAAGACGAACAGGCCGUGAUCUACGCGAUCCACCGGAUAUGCACUGCAAAAGUAAAAAAUUGCACUGCUGAUUUAACUUGACAAAAAAUAAAAAAAUUGUAAUGCGUAAAUGCGAUUACGAUUAGAAGUACGAGCACAAUGCUUUUGCACUGCAUACCGGAACUUCGACGAUAUCUUCACUGAGGAAGAAAAUCAAGACUCGGUGAAACUCUUCAACCUCCAAGUGUACGCCUUCGCGAAAAAGGAGGGGCAGCCCGGGAUUUUACCCGAAAAAGACCGGAAGAAAAAGCCGGAGAAGAAUUGGGUGGAAUAUCUUCGUAUCCUGUGCAAAAGUAUCGUACUCGUAGUAAUUGCAAACAUGCAUUUACAAAUCUUGCUCUUUAGGUAAAUCCGCAUUACAAAUUUUAUUUCUCAUGCUGAGGAAAUUUGUAAUGCAUUUAAUAUACGAGUGCGAUGCUUUUGCAUUCCAUACUUCGGAAGGGUGCGCCGAAAGACAUGGCCGAGAAACAGAUUGACUACGGCAGGGAGAUAUGAACUGCAAAUAUGUCUGGGUCUGGAUAAAUGCAGAUCAUGUUUGUAAUGCAGGUUUUGCAUGACCCAGAGUGUCUGGCAUGCAGGGACCAGCAUCACAGGUUCUUCGGGAGCUCCAUGAUGCCUAUUCUGCAAUACAAAUCCGCUCUCACCAUGGCCAAAAGUAAACAACUUUUGCUGUUUAUGCAAGACAAAUUGUUGUCUGAUCUGAAAUGCGCAUCACAAGUUGCAACGUUCCAGACCCAGAAAUAAUUGCAAUGCAUAGGAGAAAUUGUAUUUGAACCAGGACCCGAGCGAGUUCAAGUACCGGCCGGACGCGAUUGUCAGACUGGCCAGUGCUUUUCACCUGUCUUUAUCCUCAGCUUUGAAAAACGCGUAUGCGAACAACCAUUCGGCGAUAUUACGGGGGACGAUCGUAUGGAUGUGUCAGGAUCAAAAUCGACAAAAUCGAAGAAUUUGUGAUGCAUAAAAUGUAGGGCACUGAUGGCCUGUAUUGGGGAGCAGGCAAAUGAGACCGAUCGUAAGCCUGUUUAGGGGUAUACAAUGUGCUGCCAGAGUAGCAUUACAGGAGGAGUCUUCUGUUCCCAAACAGCAUGACAGACUUGAUUGGGGUACUCCCGAAAUUUGUCAUGCGCCACUUGGAAACUGAGGCUCCAACUGACAUCGAUUCUGUGCAUCACAAAUUUUUUAAUUUUGUUAUAUUUCGAUUCUGACACUUUCAUAGAUCAGGGGCGUCUUGGACAUCGUUUCGGAUGAAGUGACCGCUUUACUCUUGGACGCGGAGCUGUUAGAGGAUGUGGUGAAAGAGGUCAGACUUCGGUACGGCGCGGUCUUAAACAUCGAGCCCUUCAACUACGACAUUUUCUCCGCAAACAUGAUUCUCUCCGUGUUGAUCGUUAUCGGGCGGGAGGUGAUCCAGAAGCAUUUCGAACAACACCUACUGAAGGUGGUCUCUCUGGCGAACCAAACUACCAAAGGAGGGAAAUCCCCGAACCCAGAUUUCGUCACGGAAUCGGAAGUCAUGAGCAUGCUGCUCGAAACGCCGGUCUACAGCCGGAACACGGCCGAUUUUGUAUUGCAAGGAGAAGUCCCCCCUCCCCAUACUUGCAAUGGAAAUUUGUGAUGCUGAUUUGUGAUCACAAAUCGGGGCUGUCUUGCCUAGUGGGCAAGUUGGAGCCAUUGGGAGCAUUCCACGGCCAAUCUGUCAUGCGCUUUUGCCUCCUGCAAAGCGGUCUGCCAUGCCUAACCGCUAGCCUUUUGCAAUCCAAACCAGGCUUAGAAAAUGCCUCCAAGCGCUUCGUGCAUUACAGUUCUGAUCUGUGUACAGAAAUCCAGCAACAGAAAGUUUCUGUUUUGUAUGCGGUGUGGGCUUCUUUCACUUUGAUAUUUUGACAAGCUGCACGGCGGCAACAAGGGCGCGGUGAAGAUCAUGGGGUUACUUCCCCCGACGGUCUGCGGGGUGGACUUAGUCCGGGUGUGGAAGCACUUGCUGUUCCUCUUCGACAAGCAGGUGGAGGGGACAACGGGGAAGCAGUUUGACCACAUGAACUACCGACUGUAUCAUGGUUUGAAGGAAUUCAAACACGUGCCGAUAGUACCCGGGGUCGAAGAGUUAGAGGAGUUGAUGCAGAAGGUCGAGUUCGCGUGCGCGGCCAGCAUGAAUCUCCGGACGAGUAACUUGAUCAUGGCGAGAAAGCAGGUGGCGAAAGCGAUGACGGAACACGAUGCGAACUACCAGUACUUUUCCAUGAUGCGGUCGAACUUACAAGACAUGCGGGAGCGGCACUUGAUUCCGCAGGCGGACGCGUAUCCCGAGCAAAAAUGUCCCCACCCCAUAGUCAAGUUCGUUGGUAAAUCUGCAACACAAAUCCUCAAUUGCUGGGAGUUGUGCAUGACAAGUUUCCAUCUGCAGUGUAGUGGUGAUUAACAAGGGAAGCUGCAUGACAAAGGUGCUUUCUCAUCCUGUUUACAGCAUGACAAAUGCCAAUCUCCUGCGGCCGUAGCUGCUUGCGGCGACGGUGCAAAGGUUUUCGAUGUGGUGCAGUCGGGUAUGCAUGACAAAUGCCAAAACGCGACUGAAAAUGCCUUUACUCAUGGAGACGCGCAUUACAAAUGCUCCUGUCAUUGCACAUUUGCAUGGCAACUCUGGGGCGUGGACGUGUUUCCUCAGGAUAACGCGAUCAGCUUCAUCAAGUUCAUGCCGUUGUCCAUGAAAUUGGAGUUGCAAUUGAUUUUGCAAAACGCGUUAAUGUUCACGAGAAUGAUCGAAUCGCAGCUGUUGAUCUUGCACCCACACACUCUUUAUCAAAUGCAAAAGUGUCUGGGUCUGGAAGAAUGCAGCUUGUGAUGCUGCAUUUGGAUUCCAAAAAAAUCUGUAUUGCAUGAGAAGCAAGGGGAACGCAUUUUUUGCUACGCGGGGAGGGCAUUUGUCAUGCCGAAUAAGGAUCAAGAAGCCCUCAAAAUAUCUGUGAUGCUAGGGCUUGCAUCACAGACAUCAUGGCUCAUGCAACACGUGCAUGACAAGUCUCAGAAUCUUCUAGACCCAGACAUUUUAACGGUUGAUACUCUUCCCGGCGGGUUGUCGAGCUCGGUGGGAACGGGACAGGUACAGUAUUUGAUGUGUGACCGUGCAUGACAGGCUUGAUUUGUUUUGCGUGACCGUGCAUGACAAGUUUAAGAACUGCAAAAUCCAAACGACGUGGGCGUCACUGUCACAUGAUACAAAAGGAGCAAAACCUCAUGUCAUGUUCCACCAUCCUCAGGGCAACAAACCCGCGUACCAGCUUGGCCCCGAAGAGGACCAGGAUCGCGUGAACCGGUUUCAAACCGUAUCAUUUGUAAAAACCUUCCCACCCCAGAGUUGUAAUGCAAAUCUGCAUGCUGGUGAAAAUGUUUCCCAUGCGGAGACCCAUGAGAAGGAGUUCCUAGUCGUGGUUUCGGAUUUGUGAUGCUAGAAUCAGCAUGAUGUGCUAGAUCUGUGAUGCUGCUGAACAAGCUAAACAGGAUUGCACUACGAAAUGCCAAACUUGUCAUGCGCAACAGCAAAAGCUGACAGAUUUGUCUAGCAGAUUUCCCACCUUGAUUCUGGUGUGGGGACGUUUUUCCUCACAAUAAACCGCCCCUUUCGUCUCGGACCCCGGCCGGUUGGACUAUGCCGGAGACAGCAAACCCGGCACCCUAACCUACUCCGGCCCGGUAUGGGAGUGUCAGGAUUGAAAUUAACAAAGUUGAAAUUAAUUUGUGAUGCAUAAAAUCUAUACCAGUUGGACCCACAGUUUCCAAUUGGCGCAUGACAAAUUCCGGCGUUACCGCAAUCCAGUUUGUCAUGCUGUUUAGGCAAAGAGGACCGAUUUUCUCAUGCUACUUCAGCAGCUCAAGCUCUACCCCCAAACAGGCUUACAAUCGGCCUCACUUGCCUGCUCUGCAACACACGGAAGUCGCGUCAUGCAUUUCAUGCAUGACAAAUCAUUUCCACUUUGCUGAUUUCAAACCUGACGCGUCCAUACCCGGGGAAGAACAAGAAACAGGAGGCCGACAUGAGCCCGACGCGGCUGUUGCACCGAAGACAAGCCUAUCCUGUGCAAAAGUAUCGUACUCGUGUGAAUUGCAGGUAUGCAUGACAAAUCUGGUUUCCUACCCAAAUCUGCAUUACAAAUUCCACUUUUCUUCCUGAUAAAAUUUGUCAUGCGAUUUAUCUUAGUAUGAUACUUUUGCAAUGCAUAAAGCCCAUGACCACCGGAUCAUGCAGAAGGGCACGUUUGAGCACGAUACUAUCCCGGCGUGGCGGGGCUUGACCCCGCGGGACCACGUGGCGAAAGACAUUUUUCACUACAGCAACCGGCGGGAAAACGCGGGGGAGAGAAUUCUGUUCGACCCCAUGAUCACCCCAAGUCCAGUAUUGUGAGGAAAAAUCCCCCCUCCCCAUAUCAAAACGGAAAUCUGUGAUGCAGAUUUGUGGUCACAAAUCAGCUUUGUCAUGCUAGAAGGGAAAAGAUGCGGACUGUAGUGCUGGUUGGCGUGGGAAUAAGCCUUUGCGUCUUCAGCAUAACAGGAGGCAGCUGAAAGUGGGAAACAGCAUGACAAAGUGCCUGCAGACGAGGCCAAAACUGCGGCUCUUGGCCUUCUAGCAUGACAAGUCGAUUUGUGUAGUUAAAUACAGUAUCACAAAUUUCGUUUUCGAUAUGGGGAGGGGGGAUUUUUCCUUUUGAUAUCCAGCGGAAAAAUUGAUGAAGCCGUGGUCGCCCACGGACGAAGACGACGCGCACGGAAUGCUCGCCCACGCCGAUCCGCAGUUGACGAUGUCCCACCCGACAAUGAUGAUGGGAAACGACGUGCAUGACACCAGCAAACUGAAGGAGUGGAACGACGAAGUUCCCGCGACGCAGCAACACAACCACUUGUCCGGGCUCCAUUCCGUUCGUGCGGGCCGAACGAGCGGGGAUUUGGUUUUGUACAGCAGUAUCGAAGCGAGCGGCAGUAUGCAUUGCAAAUAUGUCUGGGUCUGGAAACUUGUGAUGCUAUUUUAUGAAUGGGGGGGACACUGUAAAAAUCGGCAGCCACGCAUGACAAGUUUCUCAGCUCCUUUGUGUUCUUUCCCUUUCCGCAUGACAAACUACAUUUUUGCAUGACGGGCAAGUAGAGGCUCUGAAUCUGAUGCUGCUCACGCAUUGCAGGUUCAAGAGUCAUGCGAGACAGGCAUGGCAAACUUGCAUUUUCUUCCAGACCCAGACACAUUUGGAAUGGAUAGGCAGCCCGUUGCUGCAUUUUCUGGAAGCGGACGAGCGAGAGAAGCUGUCAUCGAACAAACUCGGUAUCAAAUGCAAAUAUGUCUGGGUCUGGAAAAUUUGUCAUGCUAGUCUGGCAUGACUCUCAACUCUGUAUUGCUUGCCCGCAAAGAGCUCCUCUUACCUGUCAUGCAAAAACACAGUUUCUCAUGCGGAGUACGCAACUCUCAUUGUGAACCACGGAAAAACUUGUCAUGCUGGGCAGCGCAUUACAGUGUGCCCACUAUUCGUAUUCCCUUCCUUGCAUCACAACUUUCCAGACCCAGACAUUUUUGCAGUGGAUACUUGGUAUCGCGCUGCAAAUCGCGUCGAACGGGAAAAUCAGGUACGAUCCGAAGAAGGUAUGACAGUGCACAACUCCCCCUCGUUCUCAUUUCUCAUGCAAAAUACCUACUGUACGCAUUGCCUCCUGUCACAAUUAUGCAUGACAAGUUGUGGCAACUACCCAAAUAGCACUACGCUCCUGUAGUCGAAAUUUGUCAUGCAAAACCUGUAUUCUUGCUGACGCUUGUAUUGCUGUUCCUGCAAGACAAAUGAGGGAGAGGGGGGGCUGUGCACUUUCAUAGAAGGAAAAGGAGAUCGAGAAGGAAGAGGCGAAAAAGGAAAGGAGUUUGA